AUGACUUCUCCCGCCCAGGGCCGGGCGAAAGGGAGUGUCAGACUCUUACUGACCAAAAACCCCCCUGUUCCUUCUCCUGCUUUCGCUUACCCCGCAACCCCGGCUGAACAUCAGCCCUAUAGGGCCCCGUCUGUGGUGGUCUAUAGGCUCUUUGAGGCGCGCGCGGAACGCUACGCGCCGUACGCUCGGGCCUGGUUCUGGUCGGGCGGCGAGCUGCCCUUACUCGCCGACCGCAGACCGAAGGAAUUGGUUCUCCGGCACUUACACUGCAAAGUACAACCAUGGAACGAAGUACAACCAGCAAGCGUCCCGUUCCUGCCAUCCCGCAUCGGUGACGCAAAUGAAAUCGGGGAGGCUCCUGACAUGAGGGCGCCGGCUGAGCUGAUGAGGGCAAGAGUGAGGGAGGGAGUCCCUCCUCCUCUCUGUGCUGGCAGAUGUGCGUCUCCACCAGCAGGGCCAGUGUGUGCUUUCGAUGCUACGGGAACUGCUCGGACGUUUGAAACGCUGUGUGAAUUAGAAGAGGUGUCAUGUCGUGAAAGCACGUAUUACGCCAUCACGAGUCUCGGUGAAUGCUGAUGCGGCGACAGAACACGCGAAGUGCAUUGGUUCUCACAUAAGUGUAAGCAUUACGUACCGCACAGCCUGAGGACGGUCGCUAUAUUAAUGUUCAUCUAUAUGUAUUAAGUGUAAUUAGCACAGUAUAACUAUCCCAAGACAGUAGUAAACACGACAAUAUGACGUCACAAUUUGUCCCUCUUCGCGCCAUCCAUAAAAUAUUAGUUCUUCAUUUAAAUCGAUAUCGUCAAAAACCUGUUACUAAAAUAAAAUGACGUCAACGUUGACCUCAAUAACAAAUUGAAACGGUCUUAAAUGCCACAGUGUCAACUGUAUACACCAGCAAUUGUCAACUCAAAUGUCAGCUGUCAUUCGACUCAUUUCCAAGAUGGCUACCGUCGAUUGUUUUUAGCGGGAA